AAUAUAAGCUCUAAUCCAUUCGUUUAAAAUGGCUGCCCUUGCUUCCCAACGCCUGAACCUCGGCGCUGCAACACCUCUGCGCGCACCUCGCGCUCCGAUUCAUGUGUCGGCAUGCCUAAGAUCGGCUGCUGGCAGCAAGGUUGCUAAGAGUGCAGGCCUGGGCGUCGCGCAGCUUGGCACGGCUGCAAGCAGGCCUGCGGGCACCCAGCGGCAGGCGAUUAAGGUGUCGGCCUUCUGGCGCCGUGAGCCGCCCGCCCCGCUGGACCCCAACUCGCCCGAGCAGGUCGCGCUCCGCAGCAGCGCCGGCUGGCAGAAGAGCCUGAGCUUCGUGGCGUUCUGGCUGCAGCUGGCACUGACCAUCGUGUCGGCGGGCGUGCUGGUUUUCAGCCUCAUGGUCAGCAACGUGGCGGCCACGAACGUGCCCGCCUGGCCGCGCUACUUCACCGCCGCGGGCAUCGUGGCCGCCUUCCUGUCCACCUUCUUCGCGCACGGCUUCCUGCGCCUGGCGCGCAACCUGUCGGCCGGCGAGGCCGUGAACCCCGGCUGGCUGGGCGCCAACCUGCUGCGCUGCAACGCGCUCAACGUGGCCGGGAUCGCGCUGACGGUGGUGGGCCUGCAGGCGUCCGUGGGCACGCUGGUGGCCAAGUCGCUGAUGACGUCGGUGCAGGGCGCCUUCGCCGCCAACGCCGCCAACGCACUCGUGUCCAUCGACGUCUUCUCGCUGCAGGCCGCCACCAACACGGUGCUGUCGCACGUGGUGUCGCUCAUCUUCACCAACAUGAUGCUGGGCGUGGUGGGCGGCGCGCGCAACGCCGCGGGCGGCGCCACCGCCAACGGUGUGGAGCUGGGCGCCGAUGGCAUGUCGCCUGUGCGGCCCUCCACUCUGGGCUACAGCCCUUGGAACCUCAAGGCCGAUUAAGGCGGCCGCAAGCAGGUGGCGUGGAUGGCGAGGCUGCAGCAAAAAGGCAAAAGCAUGGUAAGAUCAGGUCGUGGCGAAGACCGCGGAGGCACGGUGGGGGUGAGUCCGACAGCCGUGGCCGCGGCAGUCAUGGCUCAGGCGGCUGCGAGCGGCUGCCCGGUUACAACUGCGUGUGGGCGUGCUGUACUAAGGCCGGUUGCAGGGCGUGGCUAGCAGUGCGCGGUGGGUGUCUGCACUUGGCCCGGCUUGGCUUUCCUGGGCCAGGGACGGAGGGUGGCCGGCUAACACGGCUGACUCAGGGCUAAGUGGGAUUUGGCGUGCGAGGCAGCCAGGCAUAGCUCCGGCCCGUGACAAAGCGAUUGCCGCCUUUGGGCAUAUGCCACUGUGCCACACUGCCACGGGUCUUGCUGGUGGGAUGUAUGAGCUGGUUGGCUUCGGCUGGCCUGAUAGCUUCAGACCACAAGGUCUGGGUUGGCAGGAAAUGCUGGAUGAUGCACAGGUUGUUGUGAUUGCAGCGGAAUGGGUUGCUAUGUUCGUGCAACGGCCUUCUAAAUUCAAUUGAGAGGAAACAAAGUAAGUAUGUACCUUACUGAGGCUCUGAGGCCCAGCGUUUGGUGUUUGACUUUACAAAGGGAGUCGUGGCAUGCUGUGGGGGAGCAUGCGAUGCCGAUAUAUACAAUCUUUUUUUCCAGGCGUGGUUUGGUGAGCUCGAGUGGCAUUUGGUGAUGUGCCUGUUCUGGGAUCUGCCGGGCUGGGUGGUCCGGACCGUAUCUUCGCAUCCUCGCCAUUGCGGAGGUGAGGAAGCCGGUAAGCAAUCAAGCAAUGAAGUUUAUGACACUGAGGCGUACAAGGACGUGCGAAGCUGUGUGUGUGAAGGGCCCCCCACACGGCGCUAACGCAGCCGGCUUUCGUGGCUGACUUUGGCGUAUCUAGCUUGACCAUUCGAUAGAUUCCCUGUAAAGCUGUAAAGAUGGUCUGGA